AUGAUGGUCGAGAACAUGACAAUUUUUGUGGCCUUUCUGGCAAUUGUUACGGUGUUCUCCAUGGACAACAGCGAAGCCCACGCGAACAAAGGCGACGAAAAUGAGCCUGAUGGGUCACCCAGCCAGGCCGAGUGCCAAUCUCUGGGACUUUCCGGUCGCCUGGGUGUCGUCACGGGGGGCGCCAGUGGGAUCGGCAGGAGCGUCUGCAUGGUACUCGCUCGAGAGGGCGCCACCGUCAUUGUGGCAGACAGGAACAGAACGGGCUCCGAUGAAACCCUACAGAUGCUACAAGGCUCGUACCCGGGCGAUCACCGGGUCAUAUACGUCGACGUUUCCAACUCUACGGCCGUCGAUGUUCUCUUCGAAGAGAUUGCCACUUAUUUUCCGGAAAGAAUGAUCAGCGUCGUGGUCAACAGUGCCGGCAUCGUGGAAGCUGCAGCGCCGAUUCAGGACAUGAACGAUACCCAAUUUGACAACACGCUGGCCACGAACCUAAGGGGAACUUUCCUGAUCGACCGCGCGUCAGUGAAGCACAUGCUGGCCAACAACGUCACGGACGGCGCAAUCGUGAACAUCGCGAGCAUUAUCGCAAAAACUGCCUUCCCGCGGUACACGCCCUAUUCAGCAUCCAAGGGUGGCGUCGUGUCCCUCACUAAGGCAGUGGCCCUGGAAGUGGCCAGCAGUGGCAUUCGCGUCAACGCCAUGCUGCCUGGUCCCGUCGACACGCCCCUGCUUGCAAGGCUACCGCCGGAAGUGAGCUCCGCGUUCAUAGCAGCAACUGCCUUCAAGCGCAAGGCGCGUCCCGACGAAAUAUCCGAGACGAUCGCGUUCAUGUGCAGUCCGAAGAGUAGCUUCAUGACAGGUGCGGCGGUCGAUGUCACGGGUGGUAUAAUAGCAUAA